AUGAAUAAUAAUUCAAGAGAUCCACCCAGCAAAAUUUUGCUUCUUGUAAUUACCCAAUUAUCCCCAACAUUUCCAUUGUGUAAUGAUCUGUUAUUUGAACAAUUUGGAAAAUAUGGGGAUAUCAAAAAGAUUCUAAUUUUCGAAAGGGGUAAAGCAAACAAAGCUUUUGUUGAAUAUUAUGAUAUUAAACAUGCAAUCGAGGCAAGGAAAGAUAAAAUCGGUAAAUAUUUGGCUGAGGGGGAAGGAAAGUAUGAAUUAUUUAUAAAUUUAGAUUAACAAUACAUUUUUCUCGCCUAAAAAAUUUAGAUUUGGAGGUAGUUGACAAAUCUCGAGGAACUGACUAUACUUAAACAAGCAUUACUAAUUCAGAUGUAGUGAAACAUUCAAACACAGAUGAUCCAAAUGUUUUGAGAUAACAAUUAGAUCAAUUUACUCGAACUUUUACAUAAACUCCUUAAAGGAAUAUGAGUCCGUAAAGAAAUGAAGAGAUAAAUAAUUUACUAAAUUCAGAUUCUGAAGAUGAGGCAUAAGACUUCUUAAAAUAAAAACCUAAUACAACACCUAUGAUUUCUGAGGAUGUCGAAAACAUGAUCACUCAAAAACCAUCGAAAAUUAUUAAAAUAUAAUCUAUUGAUGAAAGAGUAACCGCCAAGAUGUUGUAUAAUAUUUUUAAUAAAUUUGGCAAUAUAGAAGAAAUAUUAUAUGAAAAGCAAUUUAAAAGAGUGUUUAUAAGAUAUUAAACAGUAGAGUUUGCUUAAAUUGCAAAAGAAUAUUUAAACAAUAUAACAUUUUUUGAUCAAUAAGUAAUAAUUUUUCCAUCUAAAAUAGUGGCGUAUAACAUACAUCCCUUUAUAUCAAUUACAACCAACAACCAUUCAAGAUGAAUAUAUGAUUUAUUACAAUCCAAACGGACCUAAGGUAAUUGCUCCACUCUCCAAAACAAUUAUUUUGAGUGGUGUUUCUGAACCAAUGGAGAUAUCAGAAAUGAUUCGAUUAGUCGUCAAAGUUACAGGUAACCAUAGAUAUUCAACUAGAAAUUAAAAUUAUUUCCUCUGAUAGUUUGGAAAUCAGUAUGUUGAACAUCCCUGAAACUCUAAAAAUUAUAGCUGUAUUCUCCGAUUAUGAAUUCAAAAAUUAAAAACUAGUUAUUUCACUGAAAUGA